AUGCUGGCGCGAUCGGCUGUUCGUCGACUUGUUCACGUUAGAAGUAUAGCUUCAACAUCUCGAGACCCUCCCAGCCCCAAAAAGAUAACACUUGUAGACGAAUACGCACAAAAGCUUCUAUCGACUCCACCUUCACGGUUACCGAAAAUGUUUCUUCGCCUCAAAGCUGCCUUUAAACACAAAUUCAGUAAAGAUGAAUUAGAUCCCAUGUUAAAGAACUUACUUGACACAGCCUCUGCUCAACUCUAUUAUAAUUGUGCGAACAAUUACGACUAUGAAAAGUUAUGCGAGGCUUUUGGUUUACCUGAUUACAUGUCGUCUUGGUACAAAUUAACUCUAAUGCAUUGCUGGAUGGUCCUACUGAGAGUGCAUACAUCACUUGAUGCCCCAGCAUACCUUCGGUUACAACAUAGUAUGCUUGCUACGAUGUGGUUCGACAUUGAUUCUAGGCUGAAAAUCGUUGGGGAAGAAAUAAAGCAGUCUUUGACGUCAAAGUCCGACUUGAAGAGCAUGCACGGUCUUCAUCUGCAAACUUUUUUUGAAUACGAUGAGGGCUUUCUUGCUAACGAUCGAUUGCUAGCUGCAGCACUGUGGCGUUGUCUCUACAUAGGCAGACCUUGUGAUCCUAUACAUGUGUUGAGAGCGAUUGCCUACAUCCGAUCAACGAUGGCAUGGCUGGAUACCCUCGACCUAAAAGACUUAAUGGCGGACGGUAUAAAGGAGUGGAAACAAGUAAAACCAAAGGACUCCAUACAAGAUGCUAAAAUUGAGACCGAGAUUGUAGAGGAAGAAGAUGCUCGUAAAGUUGGAACCCAAACAAGCCGAUGA